AGGGGGCCUUUGAUCAAGAAAAUCCAAUUAUUUGUGUAUAUACAUUUCCCACAUAGUGAUUACUUCAUUAAUUGUCCCGCCUUUAUCUCCUCCCUUCCCAUCCCCCCUAAUAAUCAGUUCUUUUAUCCAGACCAACAAACACACCAUAGGAGCUUUGUGGAUUCAAAGGAUUUGCUUUCGCUUCUGAAAGAGCCGCUAUUCUUUGAUGAUUGGGUAGCGGCAAACUUCAAAGCCAUAAAUCUUCCCUCUGACUGGCUGGCGGCCCAGCAAAGUCCUUAUCAAAUUCUUGGAGGUGAUCCUGGUGCAGUCAGACAGUCCGCGGAGAUCGCGCGGCGCGGGGGCGGGGGCGGCCGGGCUCGGAGGCAGGAGAUCAGAGGGAAGGCGAGAGAGAAGGAAGCUGGGCAGCUCCUCGUCUUCCCCUCGGCGCCUCCAUGCCUCUGCGCUGCCCCGGGGCCCUCCCCUCGCUCCGGGAGCAGUAGCCAUGGCCGCGGUGGCCGUGCUCCGCAACGACUCCCUGCAGGCUUUCCUCCAGGACCGCACCCCCAGCGCCUCCCCGGACUUGGCCAAGCACUCGCCCCUAGCUCUCCUGGCCGCCACCUGUAGCCGCAUCGGCCAGCCGGGCGCAGCCCCGUCGGAUUUCCUGCAGGUCUCGUACGACGCGACGCUGGGCUCCCCCUCCAGGAUCUUCCACCCGUGGGGCAGCGAGAUGCCGGCGCACUCCCCGGGGGCGCUGCCCCCGCCGCACCCCAGCCUGGGGCUCACGCCGCAGAAGAGCCACCUGCAGUCCUCCUUCGGGGGCGCCCACGAGCUGCCCCUCACGCCCCCGGCCGACCCCUCCUACCCCUACGAGUUCUCCCCGGUCAAGAUGCUGCCCUCCUCCAUGGCCGCCCUGCCGCCCAGCUGCCCCCCCGCCUACGUGCCCUACGCCGCCCAGGCCGCCCUGCCGCCCGGCUACUCCAACCUGCUGCCCCCCGCGCAGCCCUGCCGGCAGCUGUCGCCCAACCCGGCGCCCGAGGACAUCCCGUGGUGGAGCAUCCAGCAGGCGGGGGCUCCGGGCGGCUGCGGCCACCGCUUCCCGGCCGCGGCGGCCGCGCUGCAGCGCAGCCUGGUGCUGGGCCACUCGGACUUCGCGCAGUACCAGACGCAGAUCGCCGCCCUGCUGCAGACCAAGUCUCCCCUGGCGGCCACGGCCAGGAGGUGCCGCCGCUGCCGCUGCCCCAACUGCCAGGCGGCCGCGGGCAGCGCCCCCGAGGCGGAGCCGGGCAAGAAGAAGCAGCACGUCUGCCACAUCCCGGGCUGCGGCAAGGUGUACGGCAAGACGUCGCACCUGAAGGCGCACCUGCGCUGGCACACGGGCGAGCGGCCCUUCGUCUGCAACUGGCUCUUCUGCGGCAAGAGCUUCACGCGCUCCGACGAGCUGCAGCGGCACCUGCGGACUCACACGGGCGAGAAGCGCUUCGUGUGCCCGGAGUGCGGCAAGCGCUUCAUGCGCAGCGACCACCUGGCCAAGCACGUGAAGACCCACCAGAACAAGAAGCUCAAGGCGGCGGGCGACGCCGUCAAGCGGGAGGAGCAGCGCGGGCUGUGACCUGAGGGCAGCCCCUGCUGCGGGCGGGCUGGAGGAGGAGCCACCCCGUGACUGCGCCCAGCUCAGCCCCGCCACGGCUCCGGGGACUGCAGGCCCUGGCCGCUCCCGGGCCUGGCGUGGGACAAGGGCCCGGGGCGCCCCGCAGGUGCAGGACAGACGCGAGCGGCCCUGGCCGUGCCCGGGGGCUACGAGCGGCCGCUGCUGGGGGAGCCGGCCCCGGGCCGUCAUUUCUGGGCAGGGGCUCGUGUCACUGCCCGCGGCUGCGGUGACAAUGGGCGAACCGGAGCAGCAGUGGUGCUCUGGGGGCCCGCGUCUUUCAGGGCCAGAGACCCAACUUUUGUGUACAGGUUAUUUAAUAGUUUGGUUUGAAUACAAGUGGUUUUUUUUUCUCUUGUCCUUGGCUCCAUGCGGGGGCUCCAGCAUGAGAUGUUUCUGUAAAGCGACCCGCAACUGCAGCGUGAAAAUAAAUACAUUAACACUGGGGUCACGUUGGGAAGAUCCCACUGA